GCUAACACGCACACUCUGAGCUCGGCGGCUGGUUGUUGUUGUUUUGGCGGUGACGCGGCGGAGCAGCCGGCCGAACAGCAAAUGAGUCAGCAGCACAGACAGCGUCGCUUUCCUCAGAUGUGCCAAUAAAACCAGCUGCCUGGGCCAAACAUUUAACGUCUAUUUAGCGAAAUAUUGUUUAAAAAAUGGCGGCACCCGCAGCCCCAAAUCUGCAGCCGAACGCGGGAAGACGAAACAGCCCUGUAAGCUCUGCCGAGAACAUUCACAUCGACGAGAAAGAACUGGAAAACAUCACGAAUAACGUCGAGGACGGAACCUCUCUCCCUCUUCAUUCUCCGUGGACCUUCUGGCUGGACAAAUCAUUACCAGGAACAACAGCAGCAGAGUGUGAAUCGAACCUGAAAAAGAUCUAUACAGUACACACUGUUCAGAGCUUUUGGAGUGUGUAUAACAACAUCCCUCCAGUGUCCUGCCUACCUCUGAGGUGUAGCUACCACUUAAUGCGAGGAGAAAGAAGACCACUAUGGGAGGAGGAAAGUAAUGCAAAGGGAGGUGUGUGGAAGAUGAAGGUACCAAAAGAAAACACAUUAGCUGUAUGGAAAGAGUUACUUCUGGCUACUAUUGGUGAACAGUUUGCUGACUAUUGUGCGUCAGAGGAUGAAGUUGUUGGUGUAAGUGUCAGCGUGCGAGACAGAGAGGACGUAGUUCAGGUUUGGAAUGGAAAUGCAUGUUUCGCUAACGAGGCAAACGUCCUAGGAAAAAUCUAUGAACUCCUUCCUCAGAUAUCAUUUAAAGCAGUAUUUUAUAAACCGCACGAGGAGCAUCACGCAUUCGAAGGCGGUCGUUCAAGACAUUAGCGGACUUUGCACAUUCAAUGCUGUUUCCUUUUCAGCAUCAUGUCCUUUGACUGACUUUAGAAAAUAGACUGAAAAGGAACAAGGAAAAACGAAAACAGCCUGAUCAGAAGUGUUUUCUCUAUUUUACCUUACAGGAACUGAAUUCAAUCAUGUUACAGCUCUGUAUUAAUUUUAGACAUUUUUAAUUUAGGCAACAUGUAUUUUUGCUCUUUCUAAUCAUUAUUUGACAUGAGGUUGUUGGGUAAGAUCUUAAUAGUUCACAUGCACGUAGCAAGUGAAAUAUUUUUUUAUCACCACAACAAUGUUGCCAUGACAUGUUUGUGGUUUUUUUUCUUUCAUUUGUUUCAUUAUUGAUGUUACCUAUCGACCUAAAUUCUGUUUGUAAAAGCAUGUUGUCUUUGUAUUGGAAAAUUUCUUAAACCACAAACAUUUAGGUAUUUUUGGUUAGAAAAUAGUUCCGGGGCUUCUAGAGUUUUUAUGCAGGCAUUGCACAUUUUUUUAUGGCAUAAAUUCCAGACUUAACCCUGUUUGUCACCUUACUAAUGUAUAAAAUGUAACUCAAUAAUAAAGUGUACACACUUUAUUAUUGUCCUAGAAAGGGGAGUCUAUUAUGCAGUAGGCUGCUUACAUAGUUCUACAGUGCUAAUCUGGAAAGAACUAAAAUGAAUUUAUUACCUUUGUUUGUAAGUUUUGGGAACAUAUUUUGUUGAUUUUAUGAAUAUAACCCCUGCAGCAAACUAUUUCAAAAUAUGAUACGUUUGUGUAAAUAUUUUUUUCCCUACAUUUAAAAAUCUACAUUUAUUUUUAGCGUGUGCAACUAUUUGGACACCCUAAUAGGCCAGUGCUUAGUAGAACUCUCUUUGGUAAAGAUCACUACUUGCCAACUGCUUUUUGUAGCCAAGCAGGAGUCUUUUUAAUCCUGUUUCAGGUUUUUGUUGGUUCUUCAGAUACUUUGACUGAAUUUUUGCUUUGGCACAGUUUUUAUGCCAGAUGCCUUUUCUGACACAACUGUCCUAUCUAUCUGGGCUUGGGACCAGCACUAAGAGUGCACAGAUGUGUGCAAGAGUCAGGAGUUUAAAGAAUCAGGAAUGUUUUCACUGAUUUUUUUAAUGACAAUUCUAAACAUGCUUGAUGAAUUAUACUUUUUUCACUACUUUAUCCUGGUCAGGGAUGUGGUGGAUCCAAUUUCCCAGAAUCAGUGGGCACAAUGCAGAAACACACCCAGGACAGGAUACCAAUCCAGCACAGGGCAUUGGUCAUUUAUCCCAUCAGACAUAGACGAUAGCAGCGCUGGGGAUUCGAAUUCCUACAACAGUGGGUUAGCGCAAUUUGUUGCUGUGCUUGAAUGGCGAUAAUAAUGUGAAAUGUAAAAUAACUUAAUAUUAGCAGAAUGUUUUUUUUAAUAGUUUGCUGCGAUAAGUAUUUAUGUUUUUUGCAUUUAAAAAAAAUCAACAAAAUAUGUUUGGCUUGAUUUGCCCUGCUUUUAGAAUUUUUCCUACAGCUAUGGUAAUUUGUGUGCUGGUUAUACACCCCUCUCUAUAGCCAUGUUGUGGAAUUGGUAUCUUUAUAAAUUUGGUUUUAUGCUUUAUUAAGUUUUUGAACGAUUGAUGAACGACUGCUGUCGGAAUACUUGCUUUCUAACAAGACUGUGUCUAGUAUGUUAUUAUGAAACUGACAAAACCUGUGUAUACAUUUGAGCAGAUUGAAUGUGUUUGGUUUUAAUGCACCAAAGACAUUUUCACCUCCACCACCAUGCUGUAAACAUCUGAAAGCAUGUCCUCAUCUAUGAUUUAAUACGGCACAUUGGAGGCAAUGUCUAAAGAAUUACAGCAAGUGUAUUUACAUUUUGUCAGUGUUUCAGUCUUUUAAGACUAACUAAUUUUAAACCAUCGGUUUUACUGUUUCGAACGAUCAUUUUAAUAUUUGUUAAAAUUGAAAGCUAUAAUACAAUUUAGAUUUACUAAUGUGAAAAAGCACUAAAAGCACAAUUAUAAUUUUGCCCUGUAAAUUGGACGUGGAAUAUGUGCAUGCAGUUGGUCAUUUAUAUAAGCAGCUUUUCCUGUGUACCAUGAAUCUUUUUAUGAGAUGUGAGUACAGAAAUGGGGAUGUUUAUUUUUUUGGGUGGGGAUGGUACAUUUUCAUCAGUAAAUCCAGGUUUCCUGGUCAGAAUGUGAGACCUCAAGACUGAUUGUCAUUUUCUGUAAAGGUGCCUUGUGUUUCCCAGGGUUUAACCAUAGAAUUUUUUGUUUUAUCUCUGUGUAUUUAAUCAGUUAUAAUGUAAAUUGUUUUUGCUUAUAGGUUUUGAACAUUGAAUAAAGAAGAUGCUACUUUUAAUGACAUUGAAA